AUGAAGACAGCCCAUCCACAUGGCUGGAGAGCAGCGGGGGCAACUCCACACGGCUGCUGAUGCGGAAGCACUAUCAAAUGAAAUAACAGCAAAGGCUUGAGUGGAUCAAACACGACCAGGUUUUUAAAAAGUCAUUCUGUCCUCUGCUCUCGUCUAUAAUAACUGCAGCCGUGACACAGCAUCAGGAGAGUCAUGGGUGUCAGUUCACGCGUUCCUCUGGAAGCCCAGCGUCCAUGUGCUGCUCUCACCCUGCAGGGCUGAGCAGCUGGAGGGCGUGAUGAUCCUGACAGCCUCACCAAGUCAAACCCGCGGGUGCCUCACUUAGUGUUUGGAGAAAAUGGCAGCUAGAAGCAGAGCUCUUGUGCAGAGGACGCUGUGUGCGUUCAGAGCACACACACUCUGUCCUCGCAGCACGGUGGCGACCUCCCGUCAAGGACAUGUGCUGCUGAGGAGGUCCUCCAGAAGUGUGAGCUGCUCCUCCAGCGUCUGCAGGCUGGAGGCACACACCACAGGUCCCAGCAGUCUGACAUUCAGGAGUCACACCUGUGGAGAACUGACACCACAGCAUGUAGGAGAGAGGGUCACUCUGUGUGGCUGGGUGCAGUACCUCAGGCAAGACCUAUUUGUCAUCCUGCGAGAUUUCAGCGGCUUGACACAAGUUCUGAUUCCUCAGGAUGAAUCUAAGCACAAUGUGAAAGCCACACUGUGUGAUCUCACGACCGAGUCCGUCAUCAAGGUAACGGGAACAGUCAGACGGAGACCAGCAGGCCAAGAGAACAAGGAGAUGCCAACAGGAGAAAUAGAAGUCCUGGCUGAGAGCGUGGAGGUUUUUAACACGUGCCGGAAGCUUCCUUUUGAAAUUAAAGACUUUGUCAAAAAAUCAGAGGCAUUACGGAUGCAGUAUCGCUACCUGGACCUGCGCUCUUCCCAGAUGCAGUACAACCUCCGGCUGAGAUCCCAGCUGGUGAUGAAGAUGAGAGAAUACCUCUGCAACAUCCACGGUUUUGUGGAUGUGGAAACUCCUACCUUGUUCAAAAGGACACCAGGGGGAGCCAAAGAGUUUUUGGUUCCGUCCAGAGAGCCGGGUCGGUUUUACUCGCUGCCCCAGAGUCCACAGCAGUUUAAACAGCUCCUGAUGGUGGCUGGUAUAGACAGGUAUUUCCAGUUGGCGCGAUGCUACCGAGAUGAGGGAUCCAAACCGGACAGGCAGCCUGAGUUCACCCAGGUGGACAUAGAGAUGUCUUUUGUGGACCAGUCAGGUAUGAUGGCGCUGGUGGAGGGCUUGUUAAAACACUCCUGGCCUGAAGAGAAAGGUCCCGUUAAGGCUCCUUUCCAAACCAUGACGUACGAAGAGGCCAUGAGGGACUACGGUGUGGACAAGCCUGACACCAGGUUCAGUAUGAAGCUGAUCGACCUCAGCGAGAUUUUUUUGACCACAGACAUUGGCUUCUUCAGAUCAGCUCUCAGCCAACCAGAAGGCUCCAUCCAGGCUGUCUGUGUCCCCGAUGGAGUGAAACAUUUCAAGGGUAAAGAUUUGGAAGAACUGAAAGAAACAGCCAAGACUCAGUUUGGCCAGGAGCUCAGCUUGGUGCUGGUGAAGGAAGACGGUACUCUGAAGUCUCCACUCAGGAAGCUGCUGUCUGCUGCAGCCACAGAUCAGCUGAUGAAAAAGACCGGAGCCAAACCAGGAGACCUACUGCUGAUAUCAGCCUGCCCCCUCAACACUGUGCGCCCACUGCUCGGUAAACUCCGCCUGCAGUGUGCCGAGCUCCUGGAGUCUCGUGGCGUUUCGAUCCGCGACCCCUCAGCCUUCCACUUCCUGUGGGUUGUCGACUUCCCCCUCUUCCUGCCCAAAGAGGAGGACCCGGAGCAGCUGGAGUCAGCCCAUCAUCCGUUUACCGCUCCUGUACCUGAGGAUGCAGAGUUACUCUACACAGAGCCACACAGGGUGCGCGGCCAGCACUACGACCUGGUGCUGAACGGCUGUGAGAUCGGAGGAGGCUCCAUCCGGAUCCACAAGGCCUCGGAGCAGCUGCAUGUCCUGGUGAACAUCCUCCAGGAGGAUGCCUCCCUCCUCUCCCACCUGCUUGAGGCUCUGGACUCAGGAGCGCCCCCACAUGGAGGCAUUGCUCUGGGUUUGGACCGGUUGGUGUCCAUCAUGGUCGGGUCCCCCAGCAUCCGUGACGUCAUCGCCUUCCCGAAGUCAGUGCGGGGUCACGACCUCAUGAGCCACGCCCCAGACUUCGUAUCUGAGCAGGAGCUGAAGUCGUACCACAUCUCCGUCGACUGGCCAGCGGCGCAAGGAGGAGAAGGAGAGUGAGGAGGAGAUGAGCCACGAUGUUAGAGGAGACGAUGAUGUCUUCCUGAACCUCUAACAGGGAUGAGGAAAUGGAGGAGAUAGAGGAGGAGAUGGAGGGCUCUGUGGCUCGGCCUGGAUCGAUAUAUCAGUUAACUGACACGUGAGGCCAAUAUUGAACUUCUGAUACGAUGGAGGUCCCUCUCUGACCGCAGCACCAUACACACUUUGCAAAAACUGCGAUAAAAUUGUACUUUCUUUGCACAUUUUAUCUUUUUUUAUGUCCUAGCAAUCAUCUCUACAUGCACUCUUAAUUUAAAAGUACUACUGUAUCAGUUUUUCCCUGCCACUGAGCAGGUGGUCAUCCUGCCAUGAGGAGCUGCUACGUCAUCGGUCUGGCUCUCAGUGGAGAGUUUCAGUGUCACAUGAAGGUCUAAAUGCUCUGACAAGAAUACAUGUUUGGCUCAAACAAUGAAGGAGAAUGUUUCAUCAUCAACUUUAUUUCACCAGGAAAAUCUACUCAGAAAUAAUAUGUUGUUUUCCAGGGAGUUCCUAAGUAAAUACAAGAAAUUUGUUACAAUAAAAAUUAAAUUUCACUAUGUUGGGUAUCAGCAGCUUCAUACAUUUUGCUUUGUGAGUUGUUUGUGGAUAUGAUUUUUGAUUAUAAUUGGUAAACUCAGUGUUUUGGUUUAUGAAAAGAGAGCAUACAUGUAAAUUGUACUGUAUGUAUGUUUGUAUAAUGUUAAAUUAAACUCCAUGUUCACACUUG